GCCGGAACCCCUGAGCGGCGCCGCGUUUCCCACGGGCUGCGGCCGCCGGAAGUGCGGGGUGAGCGGCGGAAGCGGCGGUGCCGCGGCCGCUGCUGGCGGGGGCGAUGCUGGCGGGCGGGCGCCGAGUGGCCUGCGCCGUGUCCGGCGGCGUGGACAGCGCUGUGGCCGCGCUCCUGCUGCGCCGCAGAGGCUACCAGGUGACGGGUGUCUUUAUGAAGAACUGGGACCCUCUGGAUGAGCAAGGAGCUUGCUCCGUUGACAGAGAUUGUGAAGAUGCUUACCGGGUUUGUCAGAAGCUUGAUAUUCCUUUUCACCAGGUUUCCUACGUGAAAGAAUACUGGAAUGAAGUAUUCAGUGACCUCCUGAAAGAGUAUGAAUUAGGAAGGACUCCUAAUCCUGAUAUUGUGUGUAACAAGCACAUAAAAUUCAACUAUUUCCUUCACUAUGCUAUGGAUAACUUAGGAGCAGAUGCAAUUGCUACUGGGCAUUACGCUAGGACCUCGCUAGAGGAUGAGGAAGUGUUUCAACAGAAACAUAUCAAGCGACCACAAAGGCUUUUCAGAAACCGUUUUGAAGUUAGAAAUACUGUGAAACUCCUGCAAGGGGCCGACCUCUUUAAGGACCAGACCUUCUUUCUCAGUCAGAUCUCACAGGAGGCUUUGAGGAAAACCAUUUUCCCUUUAGGGGAUUUAACAAAAAGCUUCGUGAAGAAGAUAGCAGCAGAACACGGUCUUCAUCAUGUGCUAAAGAAAAAAGAGAGUAUGGGAGUCUGUUUCAUUGGUGAAAGAAACUUCGAAAAUUUCCUUCUUGAGUAUUUAGAACCUCAACCAGGUAACUUUGUUUCCAUUGAAGAUAAGAAGGUGAUGGGAACACACCAAGGUUGGUUCCUCUACACAAUAGGCCAGAGGGCUAGACUGGCAGGCCUGAAGGAUGCUUGGUUCGUUGUAGAUAAAGAUGUCAGCACUGGAGAUGUCUUUGUGGCACCAACAACAGAUCACCCUGCUCUGUACAGAGACCUGUUGCGGACAAACCGAGUGCACUGGAUAGCAGAGGAACCGCCUGCGGAGCUCGUUAGAGAUAAAAUGAUGGAAUGUCACCUCAGAUUUCGGCACCAGAUGCCAUUGGUGCCCUGUGUGCUGACUCUGAACCAGGACGGGAGUGUGUGGGUGACACUAGUGAAGCCAGCAAGAGCCAUCACACCUGGGCAGUUUGCUGUGUUCUACAAGGGUGACGAGUGCCUGGGCAGUGGGAAGAUCCUGAGGAUGGGCCCGUCAGUGUACACCAUGCAACAGGGCAAAAGCCGAGAGGAGGGUCCAAAGAAGGAAGAGACUGACAAGGUGGAACCCGUAACAUAACACAUGGGCUUCUUUAUUGAAGGACUUUGGAUAAUUGGCUGCCUGAGAAUAAUAAAAACAAUAAUAAAUGUUUUUCUGUUGACCUGUAUAUUCUAAAGGUCAGUUGCCCAUCACGUCCCAGCUCUUGACUGUCAGCACUGAACAGUUUUAAAACUAAAGCCAGUUUGGUACAAUUUGACUGGACUGGUUGGUGCUAUUUAUGUUAGUAUGUAUCAAGGGAUGUCUUAAAGUUACUCUGCAAUAGUGGUUAUGCAUACAAGAAUUUUAAUAUGAAAAUCAUGUCUGAAAUAAUAAAUCUAUCUUUUAUGCAUAAGUGAAAUACUUUUCUCUUACUUGAAGUUACCUGUCUCUAGGUAAAGUACAUACGUUGUUUUACAGUAAAUGUAUGUGCUUUGAACAUGGGAUGAGGAAUGAACCAAUACUAAAGUUCAGCAUUUUGGAUGAACUCCAAGCAACAGAUAUUUAUUUUUCAUUUGAUAUAGUUUUAUAAGAAAUGCUUUAGAUUCCUAAGAUGUAUUAACCUAUGCUUUCACAUGUUUAUGUAAUUCAGAAUUACAGAUCUAGGGACUUAAAAACAAUGUUGAUUGUUAAAUUUUUCACAUAACUGACUCAUUUUUUGUUAACUACUGAGGGCAGAGGCUGUUGGUUUUGUGUCCUGGAGAAGAGAAUGCAUUGUCGUGCUUCAGCAAAAUGCAAAUUCAUAUGCCUUUAUUAUACAGUUCAUAUAGACCCAGUAAUAAUUUGAUCUUGGAUCAUGCCAUGUGUCAAAAUGGAGUGGUAUUAGGAAGAACUGAAUACCCCUGUCCAAAUUACCCACAGUUACAAGGACUGAGCGUGUGUCGAGGACAACCUAAGCUUAUAAUAGUUUAUUACAGCAAUUCAACAAAGAUGAAGCUGUGUCUUUCAGCACAGUAGUAGAAGGUAACUGUCACUGAAGUCCAGCUGUGCAGGAGCAGGACUUUUCAGGUGGGUUUAGAAUUUUGAGAUCUGGUUUGGGUGGUAGGAAAGCUGCACCAUGAACAGAUCUUUGCAGCAGAUCUGGUGACUUGGAUUCCGUGUAGCCUUCUGUCCUCUUCUGCUGUCUUACAAUAUACUAACAGUUACUUCUGCUUUUCUUACAAGAAAGAAAAAAAGGCGUAAUCUUUUUCUCUCCAAAGUGUGGAAGGAGAAGAGGGAGAAGACACUUUUCAGUGUGUACGUGCUAGUCUGGCAAAGUUAAACACAGCUCAGGGAGCCCCAUGGGGAAAAAACCUUGACCCAUGGAAAAAAUAUUACAAUUUUACUUGACAUUACAGUAGAUCUGUUUGAGAGAGGAAGAAAGCCAUCCUUUUUCACCAGUGCCAAAAUCAAUUCAGUUUAGAAGUCUGUCUUCAGAGUGGCUAUCCAUGCGCAGGUCAACUAAAGACAAUUUGUGCUUCACGUCAACUCCUGAUUUGUGUUAGGUUAGUUGUGUUACAGGUCCUGGUCGUAACUGUUAUGUGUUUUUCCUGAUGUUUUCCGUAUCUUUUCUGAAACUUGGCUUUGCAAAAUGUGCAAUUAAUUACUAAGGAGUUAAUGCUCCAUGUUUUCCUCAUCUGAGCUUUCCAGUAAAUGUCCCAAUUAAAAUCUUCAUAAGUGUUUUGUGUUA